AUGCUUAGAAUGUUUAACACAGUCACUCUAAAGACCGUAUCAUGUCGGAGCUCGAAUGCAAUGAGGAUGAAUUUUGUGCAGCCAAACAGAGGGAUUGUUUUGGCAGCUGCUGUGACUGCCACAUUGGUUGACUUAAUUGGUGGUCGACAGGCAACUAUGGCAAAUGCAAUGGAACGAGGGGAACUACAUAACAAGAAUGUUGAUUAUGAAACUGAAAAGGAGGAAAGAAUGCAAAGGCGUAUAAAUAGCUUAAAAAAUACAAGACCAAUGACUCCUAAUUAUGAAGGUCAUAUCCCAUUAUAUACGACUGAAAAAGCGUUAUUAUUUGCAAUAAGUGGACUGAGAUCAUUUUUUCAUCCUGAAAAUGGAUUAAAUAUUGUUCAACUUGGUGAAGCCACAGCAUGGCCCAUUUUUUUAGAAAGUAUGAAACGUACCAUGUUAUCUGAUCCUACCGGUAGGAGAAUAUUAAGAGAAAGACCAAACGUUACUACUCAACAAUUAGAAAUGGAUCAUCUGGCUGAAUAUCCAAAGGGUUCAUUCGGGUAUCAAUUCUAUACAUGGUGUAAACGUGAGAAUGUUUCUCCUGAUACAAGAGCUCCCGUAAGUUAUAUAGAUGAUCCAUUACAUGCAUAUAUUUUUAAAAGAUAUAGACAAUGUCACGAUUUCUAUCAUGCAUUGAAUGAUAUGCCAAUUGUAAUCGAGGGUGAAAUCACUGUAAAAGCCCUUGAAGCUGCUAAUAUGGGGGUUCCAAUGGCUACUUUGGGUGCGAUAUUAGCUCCCUUAAGAUUAAAACCUGUACAAAGAAAAAGAUUAUACGAUAUAUAUUUGCCAUGGGCAAUCAGAACAGGGUUGACAUGCAAACCAUUAAUUAAUGUAUAUUGGGAAGAAGUACUGUCAAUGGAUUGUAACGAUUUGAGAAAAGAAUUGGGUAUUGUAUUACCACCUGAUUUAAGAAAUGUAAGAGCUGAGCGCAAAGAAAAGAUACGUGAACUGAACUUAAAAUAUAAAAAAUUAAAGGAAGAAAGUACCAAUUUAUGA